GACGUCACCAGCACCAGAAACGACCAAAGGGAAUGAAAGAGGAGGUACAACAGCCGAGAGAAAAAGUGAUUGAACAAAAAAAAAAAAGAAAAGAAAAGAAAUGAGUUGAGUUCUUUAAUCUUUAAAGGACACAUGUAAGUCGUAGGCGGCUGUAGAGUUAUUCGUUUCUUCUUUCUUUUUUUUUUUUUUUAACAUUGAAGUUUAUUUCGAAGUUUGUAGCAGCAACCGCCUCGUUGGCCUCCUAACCACACACUCCGUCGUCCGACAGAGAUAAAAAGAACAGAAGAAAAGAUGGUGUCGUGGAUGAUCUCUAGAGCAAUAGUGCUAGUUUUUGGAACCUUAUACCCUGCAUACUCUUCCUACAAAGCUGUGAAAACAAAGAAUGUUAAAGAAUAUGUUCGCUGGAUGAUGUAUUGGAUUGUCUUCGCUCUCUACACCGUACUUGAAACAGUCACAGACCUCACAGUAUCUUGGUUUCCACUCUACUACGAGCUGAAGAUUGCAUUUGUAAUUUGGCUGUUGUCUCCGUACACCAGAGGAGCCAGCCUUCUCUACAGGAAAUUCCUGCAUCCCCUUCUUUCUUCCAAAGAAAGGGAGAUCGAUGACUACAUUGUUCAGGCCAGAGAACGUAGUUAUGAGACCAUGGUAAAGUUCGGCAAGCAGGGAUUAAAUAUAGCAGCAACAGCAGCUGUCACUGCAGCUGUUAAGGGCCAGGGCGCUCUUACGGAUCGCCUGCGAAGCUUCAGUAUGCAUGAUUUGACAGCCAUACAGGGGGAUGAACCAAUGCAGCGCCCUUUUCCAGGCUUACCUGAUCCCAGAAGGAAAAACAAAAUCUCAAACUUCGAGGCUUCUGACUAUGUCUACCGGUUCAACCAGGACACCGGAGAGGAAAUAAGUGAUGAAGAGAUUGAAGGGGCUUGCUCGGAGGAUGAGGCAUUGACACAGAGAGGUGUCAGGAGAUCCCAGAGUGUAAAAAUUACAAGAUCAAGAGCUCGCAAAGAUAUGCGGUUUGGGUCUUUGAAGAUAAAAAAAGGAAAAAGACAGGUCUUGAAUUCAGUGAAUUAUGAACAAUAAAAUUUGCUCUUCUUUUUCCUGGACCUGACUACUGAAUUAAGCACACAUUUGCUUGGAGAAGUACUCCUUUUUUUUUUUUUUUUUUUUUUUUUUUUUUGGUGGAGGGUUUGUUUUGCAAUUUCAAAGCUGCACUAAUUGCUUUUUAGUUAAGUAAUUACAUUUUUCAAAGUGUGUAUCAUGAUAUUGUCAGAGUGCAUGUGAAAUGCUGAAUCAUGAUAUGUAGGUACUGUUUUUUUUUUUUUUUUUUUUUUUUUUUUUUUUUGUAAGCUGCAUUGUUGAAAUCUGUGUUUGUAUUUGGUAUGAAUUUUGUUUACAGAUAAUGUUCGUUUAACUUUAUGGCCUUUGUUUUAUAUAUUUGUACAGGACUGCCUUGUUUUCCAGUAUUUGCAUUUUAAACAAUACAUUCUUUUUUUGUAUACAUUUUUAUAUCUCCUUCUCAUUGCUGCCUGCAGAGAGCCUUCUUGGAACUUUGUAGUGCCUUGCAGUAUUGUCAGGGGAAUGUUUUUAUGCAUGUUUAACAGUUAUUUUGUAAUGUUACAAAGUCCUUGGUUUGGUUUGGCUCAGCACAGCAAGCAACCUCAAAACUGACCCUCGGCUUGCUGGUGAACCUGUUCACUUAAAAGCUACGAUCUAAGAUUUCUGAAUACCAAAUAUAAGCCUGGCUUUCCACUAUGAAUGUUUAUGUUUACCCUAGGAGGGAGUGUAUUCUGAAGCUAGUGUUCAGUUGCAUGAUUCAUUCUAGGUUGAGGCAAGGCUUUUGUUAUCAUCCCACUCUUAUACCUAGUCAUGUUGCAAGAGUCCUCUCAAUGUGGAAUGUAUAAAUUAAAGCACAAAUUAAAGCUUUAAUAUAAGGCAGUAGGCUUUAAGUUAUGAUUUUAGUUUAAUUAAAACUGCAUAACUUUUCUGACAGUUGUGUUUUAUAACCUUAACCGUUAAACAGAGCAAAUCUUGUCACCUUACUGUUUGUAACAGGCAGUGAAUACUAAUAUGCAAUUAACAGGUUUAUUCUGGUUUCAGUCUAGAAUUAAAACAACUUGGACCUAAAAAGUCUAAAUAACUAGCCAAUCCCUGUAGUGUACUCUUCUCAGAACAAUUUAAAAAAAAAAAAAAAAAAAAAAAAAAAAAGGAACCUUGGGUGACCAAAGCUUACUUUUAUUUGUGCCCCAAAUUUUUACUUUUAUGGGGAAAUAAAAGAAUGAAUCACAUUUCAUUGUUGCAAUACAUUUAAAUGUUCCGCUAGAAUUUCAAUUCAUUGAGUGUAUACUUCACAAGAUAUUUGUAAAAAUGAUGGGUAAAUGUAGGUAUUAAUGUAGUUAAAGUUGUUUGUCUUUUUGUUUGUGUUUUUUUAAUUAUUGGAUGGUUUUAAAUAAAAAAUAAAAAAAAUCUAUUGGGGCGUAGGUCAGACUCUUAAAUGUAAAUCUGACCUUCUAGUUAUACCAAA